AUGGCCCAAAAUUCAAUUCAUAUGGUUGCAGGCCCAUCUUCAGGAGCACUGCCUAUCUUGUUAGAUAAGAAUCUUUGUUCCUUAAAUGACAUUAGUCAACAGGGGAUCAUAAGCAACCAUUCUGAACUCUCUCCGAACGAUCUUUCAGAGCCAGAACCUAGCUCGUACUUUGAAACUGCGUGUGAUACCCUAGUCGAUUCCCGAGAAAGCUAUGACUUUUUUCAAACUGGUCACCACGCAAACUACUGUGGCAGUAACCAACGCGGUAUAAGCUCGAAUAUCUUUCUAGAACCGCCGUUUCAAGGAUUCAAGGAAUGCUUUCAAGUGGCAAAUACCGAUGAUGAAGAAUUGAAACUACAAAUCACACCCACAAGAGCGGGGCACAAUGCCGUGAUACAGGGGCUACCGGCGGGUGUUGGUGCUCUAGAUGCCGAUGAAAAAAUUGUGUUAACCUUUACAUCUGCUGCUGAAGCAAAUUCAUUCGCGCCGCAAAAGUGGCCCAAUGCCCUUAUUGAUGCCACCAUUCCACAGACCCAGAUUGAACGAGAGGCUAUUGUUAGAGAUCUAAUGAUGUCUAUGUACGAUCUCUCAAAUUCUAAAGAUAACGACGGCAUGCUUAGGCCCUGGAGAGAACGGCGAUAUUGUUUUCAACGUGUUGAGAUUGCGUGCUGGAAUAUCCUAGCCGCGUGUAUCGAACGACACCAGAAUGGCCCCCUGCGCCAGUCGUGGGAAUUGAAAGAUAGCAAACCAGAUAAUAUCGGAACUUUUGCUGAAAGAAUAUCAAUAAUUCUUCAGAUUUUGAGGGAACGCAAGACAAUUUGCAAGAGACUGUUGGAUGUCCCGUUCUUUUUGAAUUUCAUUGAUGAUCCGAAUUAUCAAGAAAAUCGCGUUGAACAGAAUAAAGGUCUCAAUGCUAAGAAGGGGGUAGUGAUUAAGGCAGGAAAGGAUGCAUUGGAGAAGGAAGAAAAGGAGAGCGGUAGAGUUCCCCUGGAAGAGAAAAAAAGGCAAAAAAAAUCAGAUUCGCCAACGAUAAAGUCCGACCCAGCAGCACCAUCGACGGGUAAACGCAAGCGAAAAUCGGGGUUAAAAACCCAGACUCGAGAAGCUGUUAAAAUACGUCCGUCGUGCGAGACUCCAUGCUCGAUGCCAUUUAAUUCCCUUAACAGUGCCCAUCACUCAAAUCUUUUUGCUUUACAGGCCACACCAACUCUGAAUAGCAAUACUGUUGGAUACGUGCAAACUCUUGGCACUGAACUUUUGCACUCAAAUACUUCCUCUCACUAUUUUCCAGCCCUGGAAUACGCGAGGCACCCUAUCAAUUUUUCUCGGGAAGAUAGCUCUGUGAUUGACUUGGCUAAAACCAUGACGUCCCAUAAUUUUCAUGGCCUUGGAACACCCAUUUCAGGACCAUCACAGACAUCAAGCCCCACUGCCAAUCAAUUUUUCGCACCAAUGAACAGCGCAUUGAAUGGCUAUAUGAGGGGGCCUCAAUCUCAUGGAAUUCAAACUCCAUGGUAUCCGAUAACGGAUCAAAUAGCGGAUAUAUCUUCGCCUUCAUCUCAGUUUAAAUCUUCACAAUUUCCGACCGCAGGUAACCACAUUCUAAAUAUUGCGCAACCAGUCAAUCAGCCUUAUUUUCAAUACCCCCAGCAUCUGGAGGGUAAAUUACUUGACAACUUCACCCCUGGACCCUCCAUCAAUUCUGCAUUUCAGCAACACCCAGCCUUUCAAACACCAUGCUAUCCACUUCAAAACUUUUCAGACGUGAAUACCUUGCACAACUUCAGUAUCAACCCUAUUGAGGCAAACUCCGGCGCUCAGCAGCCCUCUAAUGAGUCAUUCCGGCAUGGCCCUAUGGAUAAGCGCUCCCAUGAAAACACACCGGAACCUUCUACCUAA